UCUGAGACUUAACUCCGUUUGUUGUUUAAGAGCCACAGGGCAGAUGAAUAAAGACAAAUAGAUUAAACUUUUUUGGAUUUUUAAUACGUUUUCUGACAAACUUUUCCUCCUGUGUAAUUUAAGCCCUCACGGUCACCAUGGUAAACCACAACCCACCCAGGAUUAUACUGAUGUUUGCCGGAUUAUUUACCUUUUGUCCUGCAAUUACUUUAAACUUUCUUUCAGGCUUUGGAGAGCAUUCAGGUGAAUAUGUUUGUUUUACAUGAAUCCAGUCAUCUCAAGGAUUUUAAAAGGAUUCUCCAGAAUAAGUUAGGUAACUCUCAAUGCAGGUGUCUUCAGGCAGCGCACAGAAGAUGUCUCACUCAAGUACAUGACAUCUGUAACUCUCGCUCAGUGGACGUUUUUCAUGUGGAAUUUCAUUUUUUACUUUUGUUUUUUUGCCAUGUUUGUGUACUUUUUGGCUGGACUUUGUAGAAGGAGUACAUAUGAGUGGAUGUACACCACACCUGCAGCAUUGCCUUAUGGGUCUCAUGUCAGCAUCAUCAUAUAUCUUAGCUUGAACAUCACCUGGCUCUUUCUGUAUGACAGAGAAAUGCUGCUCCCAGUGCUCGUAACCUCAGCUCUAAUGAUGUUCACUAAUUACGUGAUGCUAUUUUUCUCCUGCCAUGGUCUAAAGAUUUAUGGUGCCUGGCUACGCAAACAUCACAACGCAGACCUCUGGAUGUUCAGGAUAUUGGUAAAACUAUAAAUAUAUGGCAACGUUUUUUGGGCGGCUUUUUAUUUGGUCUUUGCAACAUAUUUGCUAUGACAGCUAUGACUAAAAGCUUGUAAAAUCACACAGCUUUGAUAAGCAAUUGUAAAAAAAAAAACAUUCAUUUUGAUGAUGAAAAUUAUUGACUUCUUCCUUUUUACUUCCCUGUUUUCUGUUUUUAUCUUGUUUUUAUCAGCCGAACUCCCCCUUCAAAGUCAAUGGGUGUUGCUGAGACCGAUUUCUUGGCUUAAGUGUUCAUAAGCAAGUAACUGGAAGAGUGUCUAAAUAAAUGAAUCAAAAACACACAUCUUUGCAGCAUUUACUGACUGAUCUUUGGUUCACUCAAUCUAUCUCUCAUUGUCUCAAAACAGGUGCAAAAUGGAGCGGCAGUGUAUGCCACUUGGGGGACACUCUCCACUUUGCUGAACCUGACAAUCUACUUGCAGCAUCAGACGGAAGCAUCUCGAUAUCACUGCACAAUGUUGUCACUGCUGCUGCUCCUGAUGGAGCUGUUAGUGUGGUUUCUGUUGGAGAACUUUUACCUUGAUGAGCACAUACGCUAUACUCUGACCAUCUAUCCUGUGAUUACCCUGUGGUUGACAGGCAUCCUGGACAACAAUACAUCUCCUGGUACCAAUUUGUACAUCUUUGAAGUUUUGAUCCUGGUGACUGCCUGUGUCCUGCUUGUGGUUCGUAUCAUCCUGGUGGCGUGGAGACAUCACAAACAACCGCUUUACACAGACAAUGAACUCAGUUUGACUCCAGUGGAAAUAUCAUUGUCACAACCCAGUCUUUUCUUAUAAAUACUUUCCUGUGAUGGUAAAAUAUUACAUCUACAUAGAAAGAAGAAUGUUUACAUCAUGAAUGCUUAGAAUGUCAUUCCACUUUCUUAAGAAAACUUGAGACAACAUGCAUACCUCAGACUGCCGGAGUGUUUUCCUACAAAAUUGAAAGAAUAAGCAGAUUUGGACAAUGGAAGGAUGUAUACAUCUUGGAAAAGUGUUGUACAAUGUUGUUUUUUUAUAUAUAUAAAUGACAUCAACAAUCUAACUUUUGAAUACACUGAAAGAACUUAUGGGAAAUAAAUUACAAUACAUUGAGGAGUGGAGUGUACUCAGUUUUCAACCUAAUUUCCCAAAAAUGUCCUAUGUUCCAAAAUAUACAUAUGCAUUUUUGGGUCAUGGAACAUAAUAUAUUCAUAUUCUUGAAUUUUCAUUUUGCACACAAGUUGCAUUAACAUUGUUAGUAAAAAUAAAGUUCAUUGGUGGAAAUCAAUGAACUUGCUAAGAAAAAUCUCUGAAGAUAAAAUCCAGAUAAUUAUAUAGUUUUGUAAUGAUUUAACCACCAGAGGAAGCAUACUCUGUCUCAUUGCACUCCAUGUGGGUUCAGAACUUCUGUAAACAAAGAGUGACAUGUAGGUUUAAAGUCCAGAACCUGACGUGCUUCAUUGACAGCUGAGACCAAGCUAUGUUUUAUAGGGUCAUAGAAGACAUGUACAUGAGUGAAAAGGGGCAGCUAAUGAUUUUAACUCUAUUAAACUUUAUUCUUUCUGGGAGUUGUUAAAAGGUGUUUUUAUUUGUCUUGUAAUAAAUGUUCAAUUUAAAAUAACUAUAUUUUUCUCCUUGGAGAAAUUCUAUUUAUGGAUCAAAUAGUUGGACUCAAUAUCCAAGCUGUUGCAACAUGUCAUGGAAAAGUAAUCAGAUCAAGAUCAUAAAAUUUCUCUGCGAAAGCCAAGUUCCAAAGUCCCAGGAACAACAUAAUAGUACUAAUGCGUUGUCUUCAGAAUCUCCCCACUGUAGUCGGUCAGCAUAUCACAACUUACAACGACUUCCAUCAUGUUUCUCCGGAUUGAAAAUACUGGUUUCCAUUUAGCAAUGCACGCUGGCAGCAUCGUUCUUGCAAUAAUCACUCAGAUGAUUUCAGAAGUCUUUUUUUACUUGGCAAAGGAAGACAAAGUGCCCAAUGCUGUUUUUCAGACUUCAUCCUGGAAUGUUUCCGAGACUUUCUCUCUAGAGUUGACUAUGGACUUGUGGUCUGAGGACUUCUGGAUCUGGAUUGAUCUGUGGUCUAAAAUGUGGCUUGUUUAUGCAGCUGUGAGCCUCUUCAGAAGAAAUGUACUCGGCCCCCAGUCGUGCAAUCCUGAAAUCCACCCUCCCAAAUUCUUUCUGAUGUGGACUAUCAUAAAUAUUACAAGAGUGUGUAGCAUGCCUAUGUGGGAUAGACACUAUAUCCUGCCAGCAGUGUUGUCUAGGUGGAUUUUACCACUUCACAGCUUCUACAUGCUUUUCCUUUCCUACUCCAACCUGAACAAGCACAAAGCCUGGCUGGCAAUCAACAACCCUGGUGUGAUUCCAUGGACACGUUAUCUGACACAGAAUGGAUUAGCUGUGUUUGCCUGGUGGUCUCUCUUUCAUUCUGUGGUGGGCUUUGGCAUAGUGCUUAAAUAUUAUGCCGGUGUGCAGGACCGAGUGGCCAGUGCCACUGUCCUUUCCAUCAUCUCUGUGUUCAUGAUUACAUGGUUCAUCCUGCAGAACUUCUUCUUGAUCAAAUACAUGCGGCACACAUUCAGCAUUUAUGCCAUCAUCAUUCUGGGACUCGGUGCAAUGUUCACCAGCAGCUACCGUGUCCAGGAUUUCUCCAUAAACACUGCCGUCUGUGGAGUCCUUAUGCUUCUGAUAACCAUCAUGAGCUUCAUCCAUUUGAUCUCUGCAUGUCUGGAGAAGUCCUACAAGCCUGUUGCUGCAGAGCUGAGACUUGAAGGCUGUGAGACUGUGUGCAAACCAGAAGGGGAUAUUAAACACAAAUUAGAAAACUGAGUUGAAUUGCAAAGAAAGAGACCAUCAUUUGAUCAAUAUAUUUAUUUAAAACAACACAAUAAUUAAUUCUGUUGUGUGUCUGAACAUACCCUGUGUACUAACCUCAUUCGCUGAAAUUUUUUAAGUGUGUGGUAUACCUCAUUCACCAAAAGGUGGUAGCAAACACUUAGAUUAAUGUUCAGACAUUUAAACUGGAGCUGCACCAGGAGAUGGCACAAUGAUGCAAGCCUUGCAUUUAAUGUGCAUAAGGAAAACAGUUUUUACAUUAAAAGAAGCAAUACAGGCAUUCAACAGAUGUUAAUUUUAUUGACCGUUGUGGCUUGAAAUGUGCUGCAUUCUAAACUCUCAAAAUAAACUGAGUGAAGCUUAAAAACACAGGAUGUGUGUAUGCGUGUGCAAGCGCCUUGUUGUGUUUACAUAACUGUAAAAUCCUCUUAAUAAAUUAGAAAACAUCUGUAUUUUUCAUCUCCCUCUCUGCUCCUCUGUGGGGUCUGUGAUGCUGUACCAAAGACAUAAUCAUACUCAAGUUUAAGAGCUCUCUCUCGACACUGCUUAAAGAAUGGAAUAUCAAACAUGCCCUUUGGCUUCAGGGAAGAGCAGCUCAACCUUUGAUGAGGACACUGAGCCUUAUUAAAGUAACAAAUGAAAGCAGAAGAAACAAAGACAAGAGAUGAUACAAUGAAUGUGACCAUGGCAGUGACAUUUGUUCAACAAAUAAAGAUUUGUCAUGCAAAAUGGAUACUGUUUUGAAAAAUGGAAAUGCAAAAUUCCGCCGUUUUCUGCAUGAUACGGGUAAUUUUAUUUCA